GCGCGCCAUGGCGGACCCCGGGGUGUGCAGCUUCAUCACCAAGAUCCUGUGCGCCCACGGGGGGCGCAUGGCCCUGGAAGCGCUGCUCCGCGAGAUGCAGCUCUCCGAGGCGCAGCUCUGCGAGGUGCUGGAGGAGGCCGGGCCCGACCGCUUCGUGGUGUUGGAGAUGGGCGGCAAGGAAGGGGUCACCCGGUCCGUGGUGGCCACCACUCGAGCCCGGGUCUGCCGUCGCAAGUACUGCAACAAACCCUGCGGGAACCUGCAUCUCUGCAAGCUCAACCUGCUGGGCCGGUGCCACUAUUCGCAGUCGGAGCGGAAUUUAUGCAAAUAUUCUCACGAGGUUCUCUCAGAAGAUAACUUCAGGGUCCUGACAAACCAUGGGCUCUCUGGACUGAACCAAGAGGAAUUAGCUGUGCUCCUUCUCCAGAGUGACCCUUUUUUUAUGCCCGAGAUAUGCAAGAAUUAUAAGGGCGAGGGUGGAAGACAGGUUUGUAACCAGCAGCCCCCGUGUGAAAGACUCCACGUCUGUGAACACUUUACCCGAGGGAACUGUGGUUAUGCCAACUGCUUCCGGUCCCAUAACCUGAUGGACAGAAAGGUGCUGGCCGUCAUGAGGGAGCACGGCCUGAGCUCAAGCGUGGUACAGAACAUCCAGGACAUCUGCAAUAGCAGGCACCGCCGGAAGAAGCCCUCAGCGUGGAGAGCUCCUCCUCCCCAUCGUAGAGACCCGGCCUACAGAGGGAGGAGUAGGAGCAGAGACCGGGGCAGCGAGGAAUUUCAUCCAGCAGCUUCAGCUCCUGCCCAGAGGUCCUGCCCACCCAGCCCAAAGCCUGCCGGCCACCGGGGCUCUAUCCCGAGUGAUGGGCCUGUCGAGGAUCUUGCCCACAAAUUCUCGCAUCUGGAGAGUCAGGAGUGCCCCCCACCUGCCUCUGUCCCGUCUGCAGCUGCCAGUCUUGGAGGAACCAGUCAAGGAGGAGGAAGCCAGAGUCUUGCAGAGAACGGCAGUGCAAAGGAUCUUCUCUAUGGGAAUCAUAGCCAUGGUUUCUUCAAUACUGACGUGAAACCAGCCUUCAAAUGGGGGCUCCCUGCAUCCUGGCAGAAUGACCAGGACACCGGUAAAAAGAGUUGGAUUUCCUCCAGUCCAGCCUUCUCCUUCUCUCCUGGUUCUCUGCAAACACCUGAAACCAUCACCACCAGAAAGAGCACUGCUGUCCUUUCCUCGGACCAUGUGAACGUGGAGCGCAGAAGUGGGAAUCAAGAUGGCCAGCAUUUCCCGCUUUUUAAUAAUAACGCUGAUGGCAUGGCCGUAGAUACCACUUCCACGAGACUGGCGAAUUACCAAACCCCAAGCAGUAGACAGAGAGAAAAAUCGUUACCUGGGAAUCCGGACACUGGAACACCUCGGAGUCAUCUGCCCACCGCUGGCAAGAUGACUGGGGAUGCAGCCGCAGCCUUUGUUAAUGAUUCUGUACCUGACAUUGCGAGUCCCACAUCUUCCACGAUGAAUGAACACAGCUCAAACGAAAUUUGUCUUGACCAUCUGUAUAAGGGUUGUCGACUUAAGAGCUGCAACAAAGUUCAUUUCCACCUGCCCUACCGGUGGCAGAUGUUUCUUGCCAACAGCUGGAUGGACCUUCCAUUCAUGGAGGAUAUUGAGAAGGCCUUUUGUGACCCCCAAAACUGCAGCGUUUCUGUUGGCAAUUAUAACAUCAGUUUCCAGAAGAUGAUUUGUGAUCUUAAUCCUGUCCGACGUAUCUCCACACCUUCAUCCGUCACAAAGCCGGCCAGUUCUCUCUUUACCACAAAAUGGAUUUGGUAUUGGAGGGAUGGAACUGACAAAUGGGUUCCAUAUGGGGAGAGGAAAGACAAUGAGCAGAUUUCAAACAUUGACUCUUCAUACCUGGAGUCUCUUUUUCUAUCCUGUCCGAGGGGAGUUGUGCCGUUUCAGGCGGGUUCACAAAACUACGAGCUGAGUUUCCAAGGGAUGAUUCAGACAAACAUAGUUUCCAAGACCCAAAAGGAUGUCAUAAGAAGGCCAACGUUUGUGUCUUACUGGGAUGUGGAGCAGGCGAAACUCGGACAAGACCAUCCGCAGGGGCAGACCUCGUCAGAACCUUACAUCAAGAUAUAUCUUCCCAAACCGGACACAAGCGUCUCAUUCUCAAAUGACUUUGAGUUGAUUGAAAUUCAUAACAAUACUCCAGAAUAUGUUGAAGUAAGUGAUCAUUUUAAAGCUUCCAUGAGAAAUUUCAGGAUUGAAAAGAUAAAGAAGGUCCAGAACCUACAGCUCUUGAAGGCUUUUGAAAGCAAGAAAAAGGAGAUGAAGAGAGACGAGCAAAUCCUAUUUUGUGCAGCAAGACGCAGCAAUGUGAUGUCUAUCUGUAAGAAUAAUUUUGACUGGCUCUCACAUGGAAGUCAUGAUGCCAAAUAUGGAAAAGGAAUCUACUUCACAAAAGAUGCCAUUAGUUCCCAUAAAAAUUGCCCGUUUGAUUCCAAAAACAUCGUUAUGUUUGUAGCCCGAGUCCUGGUUGGAAAUUUCAUUGAAGGCCAUAUGAGUUACCAGAAUCCCCCUCCGCGGUAUGACAGCUGUGUGGAUACAAGAUUGAAUCCCUCUGUUUUUGUCAUCUUUCAGAAAGAUCAGAUUUACCCAGAAUAUGUGAUUGAAUAUACCGAAACAGAGAAACCCUGCGUGAUUAGUUAGAAAUGAUGGCUACAGCGUCAUAAAGGAUGCCAUAACCACUCUGUUCACUUACUGAACCCAAUCUCCCAGAAGGAUAAUAGUUAAACUUACGUCUUCUCUCCUCUAAAUGCCUUGGAUUAGUGGUUCCCAAACUUUGCUGCACAUUUGAAUCAUCUGGUAAGCGUUAAACAACUCCACUGUCCAGGGGACUUCCCUGGUGAUCCAGUGGUUAAGACUCCGCACUCCCAAUGUAGGGGGCACAGGUUCAAUCCCUGAACUAAGAUCUGGCAUGCUGCACAGUGCAUGCAGCCUUAAAAACAAAAAUUCCGAUGUCCAGAUUACACCCCACUCCAACUAGAUCACUUUUUGGGGGUUGACAUCCAAGAAGAUGAUUGAAAUGUGUCAUAAGUUUGGGAAUCACUCAUUACCUUAGAUGUAACUGGUAAAGACUCACUUCUACAGCUUCUGUUAAUGCAGCAACCUUUCUCCCCCAACUACUCUUAGUUGAUUGCAUGAUUUGGUUUUGUUUUGGUUAAAUUAAAAGAAAAUUUAUUUGGGAAAUUUAAGUGAAAUCUAAAAAUUCCUAUUGAAAUAAGGAUAUAAGACAGUACAGCCUUGGAAAAUUGUGGAAAGCUAGGGGAAAAUACAUAGGAAUAUAGUUGCAGGGGGAGGAAACGUAAGGGCAAUUUAAAUGCUAGCAAGAUAUAACUGCAGUACUGUACCUUAUCUCUGUGGUGAAACUGAUUUGAGGGCAUGCAUUUCUUUAUCUCUACGUUUAUUUAGGGUACUCCAUCCAAGUUGACGCUUUAUGAAAUGCAAUAAAAAGAGCUGCUAAGUAUGGCUCAGAGCGCAGCAACCAACUGUAAUUAACUGCCCAUUUGGGCAAAGUAGACAUUUAUAUUCUAACUAACAGAGAAGGCUUUUUUUCAGGUCAGACAUACAUGAAGUGCUGGUAUUUUGGGUGGACCGAGUUGCAGUAACCAGAUUCACACAAUCACGACUGAUAAAUCCGAGUGCUGUUGUAGUCGUUCGCUAUGUUAGUUGAGGCUCACCAAGCAAUUAGGGCCAUUCUACUAAAGGAUGGGCCCCCUAAGGAGGUGAGGUUAGUUUCCUAGGGAGACAGAAUCAGAACGAAGGGAACAGUGCCGCAAACAAGCCUUGCGCCUGCGAGGGGCUUCUUUUUCUAAAUAUAACAGAUUGUGUGGAAUUGUAGCACAAUCAGUUUUUAGAGCAGCUGAGGUACCUGGACCAAGAGUUCCUUUCUUAUUAUGAAUGAGGGUUUUCCUUCCAAUUUUCAACAUUCCAUAUCAGUCGCCAACAUUUCAUGUUAUAAUUACUUCCAGCAGAUACGUUAUAAAAAUUAAUUAGCAUUAGGGUUGAUUUUAUAUUAGGUUUUAGAUCGGUGCAAAGAUCUCUACAACUCUCUGACUUAAAAGGGCUCCAACAGGGACUUACUUCCCUGGCAGUGCAAAGGUUACGGCUUCAAGCUUCCACUGCAUGGGGCACGGGUUCAAACCCUGGUCAGGAAACCAAGAUCCCACAUGCCACGUGGCCUGGCCAAAAAAAGUUAAAAAACCUUAAAAAAAAAAAAAGAAAUCUACAGAUUGUCGAAUUGGAGAAAAUGAGGAAAUACUAUAUUCUUGCAGGCGAGCUGUAGGUCAUACACGAAUGUCUAGUGAGACAUUCUACAUUCGUAUAGGGUGCAGAGUAAUUCCUUAUUGUGAGCAGCUGCCCAGUACUGCCAGAUAGUCAGCAUACUUGGCUCUCACAUACUACAUGCCAGUAUCGCCCUCCCCCAUUAUGAUGGCAGCCACAAACCUUAUCAGAUCUAUUCACCAUUUUCAGAGCAAGUAAUUUGUAUGAUAACAUCCCCUUUGCUGUCCUGAGAUGAUUUAAAUACUACGAUCUACAUGAAUUUUUUUUCUUAAGAAAUCAAUUUAUUGCCCUCACUAUUAUAAUGGAGAAACAGAAGGCAAGAAGUUUGUAAUAAUGAUAAAAUGAAUAUCAAUAUGUAAAUGCUCCAGAUGACCAUGCUAUAGGACAUCAUGAAAUAGAUAUUUAUUUCUACUGAAAAUGAACAGGUUUGGAUUUAAGAGUCGAUUGGAGGCUACUUUCUAUAAAGAAGUACUGGAAAGAUUAGAAGUAUAGGUGACACCAGAAUGAAAAACCAGUAUUAGGGUAAGUCAUAACAGGCCAUAUACCUUUUCUGCAUGUAGUUAGGGGAAGAACGAAAUUAUCUUAAUUGAAAUAAGUUUAGCAGGACAAGACAAAUGACAGAUUGUCUAAGAGGAAAACAAGAAUUAUAUUCUCUCAGGCGAGCUGUAGGUCCUACAUAAGUAUCUAGUAGGACCUUAAAAAGUCGUAUAGAGUACCGAAUAAGUCUUCUUUGUAUGGGACUAACCCAUACACCAUAGGGACAUCUCUUAUCCCUAGCCGGAUCCACCCAAUGCCAGUAAAAGUCCGCAAUUAUUACAAAACCAACAACCCAUCAAUUUCCAAAAGACCACAAUGAGACUCACUCAGUUAAUAUCUAGCAUCUUUAGAUUAGCUUACUAGCCUUCAUAAGGAGUCCUCCUAUAGAUUAAAUUGGAUGCUUGCCUCCCAAAUCCCUGGUUUUUAAAACACUUUGCAUCUUGCUUUGAUCAUUUUUUUUUCCAUUUAUUUUUAUUAGUUGGAGGCUAAUUACUUUACAUCAUUACAGUAGUUUUUGUCAU